CUCCCCCGCUCCCCCUUCCCCCCACCUCCCGAAUUCCGCACAGGCGCAGAAGGAAAGUGGCUGCGGUUCUACUGCGGCAAAUGAGGGCGGUGUCGCGGCUGAGAGGUUUCUGCGCAGGUGCACAACCAAGUGCUCAGGCCCCCACCUUCGCCCAAAACUUAGAUCAGCAUCGAAGUCAGAGUGGUUGCCGGGCAGUUCUUGCAGAUUGAGGGUGGAGUCGCGACUGAGAAGGAACUGCGCAGGCGUAUACCAGCACUCUGGCCCAAUCCAUUUCUACCGGGAUCCGCGCAGGUGCAGAAGGAACACUACUGCGGCAGACUGAGGGCGGGGUUGCGGCGGAGAGGGUGCCGCGCAGGCUCACUUCACCACUUCGACCCCGCCUCCUUCUACACAGACUGCGCGCAGGCGCCAGAAAAGCCCUGUAGUAGAGUUGCUGUGACGGUUUGCUGUCUGGGCCCUGUUGCUGCUGGCUGUCUCGGGCGGAGUGGCGAGAGCUGUCCAGUCUCGGAAGCGGGUGUGAGAGGCAGAGGUUCUGGUGCUGGUGAGAAGGAGGGGGUCUGUGUGGCGGCGCGUGUGGAGGUCGGAGUCCCUUGGACGCUGACCGCUGCCGCCGCCGCCACUGCUGCCGCCGCCUCUUGCAGGGGCUUGGCGAUCGCGGCGCCCCCCACCCCCCGCCCCCGGUGGCCGCUAUAUCUGCUGAACUGUGCCGGUGCCCCAUUGCCCCACUCCCCCACCCCCGGUGCUCGCGGCCUCUCUGGGCUUUGCAGGUGUCCGUUCCACCACCCCACCCCCCCGCCCCACCCCACCCCACCCCUUCUUGCCCGCGGCCGCCUGGGCCUUGGCGAUCACCGGCUUUCCUUGUGCCCACCGCGUCCAUUGAACUUUGCCCGGCCUCCCCCCCCCCCCCCCCCAAAGCGGCUACGUCGCCUCCUGGAGCCGGUCGCCAGGCUCUGAGGUAAGGGCCAGAAUUGGCCUUGUCUGUGUCUGCCGGACUAGAGAAGGAAGCCGAGGUUGACCGCGGCUGCUCAGAGGGGGUCCAGGACUGAAUAGUCAAGUCAGCAUCGGACUUUGUGGAUCGUGGACUGGACUGGGCUGUGCUGGGCAGCCUUGGGAGGAGGGGGCGAAGGAACGAGUAAUUGAGUAAACAGGGGUUUUGGUCGUGAUCGUGAUCGUGGUGGUGGGGGUGGAGGUGUCGGUGUCGGUUGCGUCGGCUUUCCUCUGUCCCUACUGAGACCAAAUGGCUAAGAGAAAAGAGGACGAUUUCCCCCCGGCCGCAGAUCAGAAAAGAGCAAGGCCAGGGGGGGACUCUGAUGAUGACCUGGACUCGGACCCCAUAGAAGGGACCUCUCAAGGUCCUGCGUCUCUUUCUGCUCUUUCUAGCAUUUCCUCCCUUCAGAGCAUUGCCUCCCUUGCGAGCCUUGCUUGUCUCCCAAGCGUUGCUUGUCUCCCCAGUGUUUCCUCUCUCCCAGGCUCUCUCCCAGGCUCUCUCCCCAGUAUUUCUUCUCAGUCGCCGUCAGGGGAAUAUGGGGUCAUUGAAAGUAUCCAAGUGGAGAAUUUUAUGGGCUAUUCCUCCCUUGGGCCUGUGAAACUUGGACCCAAUGUUAAUUUUCUGGUGGGGCGUAGUGGGAAGAAUGCAUUGUUAACAGCUCUCAUAGUUGGGCUUGAUGGAAAAUCAGCAGGAACGUCUUUGAAAGACUUUGUGAAAGAUGGAGCGGCUUCAGCCAAGAUCUCCAUCAAGAUAAAGAACAGAGGGAACUAUGCUUUUAAAUCUGAGCUAUAUGGGGAGUCAGUAAUUGUGCACCAAGUGAUCAGUGCAGAUGGGAAUGCAAGUUAUGAACUAAAAAGUUAUAUGGGAAAGGUGAUUUCUACUAAACGGGAAGAGCUUGCUGCCCUUCUUCAGAGGUUUAAGAUUCGAGUAGACAAUCCAGUGUCCAUUAUUCGGGAAGAUGUGAGCAGGCAGUUGUUGGAGUCCAGAAGUGAUGCUGACAGGUACAAAUUGUUUCUCAAAGCAACUGAGCUUGAGCAGAUGAGAGAAGACUAUUCCCAAAUUAUGGAGAGAAAGGCUAAAAAUCAGCAUCAGAUAGAACAAGCUGAAGAACAGCUUGAGGAGCUCAAGCGUCAGGGGGUAGAGAUAGAAGAGCAUUUUCAGAAUAUGGUUACCUUGCGAAAGAAGCUAGAGGACUUGAAAAAUGACAUGGCUUGGGCACUGGUGGCUAAAACAGAAAGAGAAAUCCAUGAAAUGAUUAUUAGCAUAAAUAUCGGAGACCAGCGUACUGUCAUCUUGAAUCAGGAACUGGAGAUCUCAAGGGUCAGAUUCAGUGAAGCAGAAAAUAAGUAUAGAGCCAUUCAUGAGAAUAUGCAAAGGUUAAGUGAAGAAGCCUCUGAAUUAGAGGCCAAGUGCAUUGAGGCUGGUGAGGAGGCUGAGAAAAUGGACAGGGCCUAUGCUCAGGCGGAGGCCUUCUAUAAUUUUUCUGAAAAUGAAUUUAACAAAUUAGACCAAGUUGCAGAACAGCUCAAUGACCAAAUUGACGACAUGAAAAAGAAUCUAGAAGUGGCAGAGUCAGAAAAACAGGAAAAAAUUGACGUGUUGAAGGAAAAGAUCAGGAACUUUAAGGAUCAGGAGGAUUCACUUGUUGAAGAGAUAAAACAUCUUCAUCAGGCCAUAGAAAGAGAUGAUAAAGAGCAUUCUCGGAUUAAGGAACAAGAGGCUUAUAUGCAGCAAAUACUGGAUGGCGAACAACGCCAGCUAAACCAAUUGAAAGAAUGUAAAUCUGACCCUCUAAAGCGAUUUGGGCCUCAGAUUCCAGCCCUUCUCGAAGCAGUGGAAGAUGCCCAUAGACAAGGGCUCUUUACUUGCAAACCUAUAGGCCCACUGGGAGCUUGUAUUCGUGUUCUGGACUCUGAGUUUUCUUUGGCUAUUGAGUCCUGCUUAAAGGGCCUUUUGCUUGCCUUUUUUUGUGACAACCACAAGGAUGAGCAAAUCCUUCAGGGGCUGAUGAAAAAAUUCUAUCCAUCGGGCUCUUCACGACCCCAGAUAAUCAUUUCAGCCUUUGAUUGUGAGUUGUGCGAUGUAACAGACAGGGAGGCUUCUCACCCAGAAUUUCCAACAGUUCUCUCAGCUUUAGAAAUAGAUGAUGCAGUGGUGGCCAAUGCUUUGAUUGACAUGAGGGGCAUAGAGUCAGUGCUGCUUAGCAAAAGCAAAUCUUUGGCUUGUACAGUGAUGCAGGCUCAGAGGCCCCCCAAGAAUUGCACCAAAGUUUUAACUGCUGAUGGUGACCAGGUAUUUGAACGACACUAUUACUCAUGUGAAGAAAUGAGACCGACUUACCUGGGUGAUAUAGAUGUGGAAAUAAAUAAUUUGGAGAAAUCUGUGGAAAAUAAAGUGGCUCAAUUGUCAGCAUUUCAGGAGCAUGUGUGUUCCCUUGAAAAGGAUAUCAGAGAGAAUCGAGAAACUAUUGACAGUCAUUAUCAACACUUAAAGGAAAUAAAGAUUGAAGUGAUAAAUCUCACUUCAGAAAUAAAAGAUCUUGAGGAUGAAAAUGAAAACCAGUCCCUAAAUAUCUCUAUUCUGGAAGAGGAAGCUCAAGAAAUUAAAGAAGAGAUGAAAGAGAUUGAAGAAAAGAUGAAGAUUCGAAGGGAAGAGAUGGAUAAAUUAAGCAAACCAAAAAUUGAUGCUGAACAGAGACAUGAAGAAUUGAAGCUGAAAUAUAGCCAGAUCAAAGAAUUAGUAGACUCCAUUAGAGGAGAACGAAACCAGGCCGCUUUGGAAGUGGACAACCAGCACCAAGCCAUGCUGCACAGUGAAAAUAGGCUCAAGGAACACCUGGAUUCCCUCCAGGCGAAGAAAGAAGAGCUGGCCAUGAAAGAGAGAGAUCUGGAGAGGGAAACUGCUCAUGCCAAAUACAUCUGCCCAGACCGGAAAGAAGUUAUACAAACUGCCUCUGUUCUCAAUAGAGAAAUCACUCUGCUAAGACAGCGGAUACAGUCCGAAAACUACACUCACAAAAGCCGAGAAGAAAUCAUGAGACAGUACCAAGAAGCAAAAGAAAGAUAUAUGGACCUCGAUAAUAAAGUGAAGAAUCUGAAAAAACUCAUCAAGACAAUGGAAGAGAUAUCAAAACAGAGGUAUGAAGCAUUCCAGAAACGCAGAAGAAUUCUUUCUCUACAGGGGAAACUGUACUUUGACAGCUUGUUGUCUCCCUGGUCCUUUCACGGCGACAUUCACUUUGAUCACCACAAUGAGGCCCUUUCUAUCGUAUUCCAUCCUGGGCAGUGCACUUUCACUAACUCACACAGCUUGCCAGACAGAUACAAUUUCUCCAACUUCUUGCUCAUUCUUACCCUGUGGUCCAUCACAGAAUCUCCCUUCAGAUGCCUGGAUACAUUCGACGUCUGCUUCAACAGGGAAUAUAGAAAGAUGGCCAUGGACAUGAUCCUUAGGCAGUCACAUUCCCAUCAGCAUCUCCAGUUCUUGCUGGUCUCUCCCCUGUACAUAAACUCAGUUGCUCCAAGUUCACUCAUUGAAAUUUUCCCACUUGCAGAACCUGAAAGAGAUGGGGCAACUCGCUCUACCCAAGCAGCCAGUACAGAAGAAGAUUGAAUUUUUAAGUGUAAUGUGAUCGUGCUGUCUGCUCAUCGUGGUGUUUUAUAUUUUUUUUUCUCCAAGUGUCUGCAGUGUAGUGUGAAAAAUCUCCCUACUUUGAAGAAAUAAUAUUUAACAAUUAAAAGUGUUUCAGAGAGGCUGAGUCAAGAUGGCAGAGUAAAGGAAGAAGUUUAAGUUGAACUCCUUCACAAAAAUCUAGAAAAUACUAGUCUGGUGACCAAAUUCUGACCAAGAAAUCCAAGAAAAAGUCAUCAGCACCUGGCAGCUGAAGGAGAAAGAUAGAGAUCUGUGGACAUUGGGGGGGAGGGGGUGGGGACUUGCCAGGAGCAUCUACAACACCCAGAGACUGAAAGAAACUUGAGGCUGAGUACCUGGGCAGAAAGCACCAGGUGAAAUGAGAAUGUUUGUUGCCCAUGAUGUAACUGAUUCAAUUUUUAUUAAUCUAUCAUUUUGUGUUGAAGUGGUUUGGUGUUUGUUUUUCAUAAAUUGUUAAAUUGUUUUUCAAUAUUGAAAUAAGUUUAUGUGUAGUAUAGGUUGGUAGACAAUGUUUGUGUUUGUAAACAACUGAUAAACAUAUGGGAUGCCCAUUUAUGACAGCCCACCAAUGGGGAAAUUUUGUAAAGCAACCUCAUCAUUAACUUAUGUCAUCAGGUAUCAGUGAACUCAUUUGAUAAACAAAUUACUUCACCGGCCACCAAUCCGAACUUGGGUAUAACCAGCCAAAAGCCCAUAGCUAGACCUUUGAGAAACCCACUGGAGGCCCCAGUUUUCAGCCUGCUCUUGGGUUGAGACUGAACCUGGCUCCUGAGAGCCAACUUAAGACUCAAAACACUCACAUCAUAUUUGCUUGAAGACACUGCUGAUUGACAGGGAUUUGCUGACUUGCUGACCCACCACCACGUCGGGAGGCAGAUGGACGACUUCCAGCUGGACAGAGGGAAGGAACUUUUUCAUUGAAUACCAGUUCGAGACGUACUUUGCUGGCAAGCCCUGGAAAUCAGCAGAUGUGUAUGUGCUGUGAUUUCAUCGUUGGUGCCUUCGUGACUACUGCUGCUCAUCCUCACAUAUCUCAUCGCAUACCCUAUCCUGCGUAUCACCUCACAGAAUCUUCUAGCAGCCCCUUGCAACCAAGAAUGGCUUUACUCUCUGGUUGCUUGUUCGCUUAUCCAGCUGUUUCUGUAAGUCACGGCCGUGACAAACAGGACACACAAGGAUAUGGAACAUUGUCAAUAUGACGUUGGGGACUGCUGCCUACUUAAAUACCCCAUUGGGAGUUGAGGGGUUACGACCCCUCAACUGAGGGACUUGACUGAGACACAAGAAAACCUCAUCAAGAUACCCAGUGACUGCUUUGCUUCAAUGUCACUGAGGAGUUGGGCGGGCACUCAAAGACUUUUAUCUGUGCUCGGCCUGUUGAAAAGAGAAAUGAUGACGGACAUGAUAGUGAUCACCGGACUGAAAAUCCGCAGGGCAUCGGCUCGAAUGGGAAGAAAUCAAGAGGCCUUGUAACAUGUUCUCUUAUACAGGUUCCUAGUUGGCUUUGCAGAGUGCUUGCUAUGAGAGAACAUGGGACAAAUGGAAAGACCUAUUUUCACUGUAUUAAGAACAUAUUUGAAAAUGUGUUAAUGCUAAACGUAAUAUCGAUGUUUUUUGUGCCAUAUGUUCCAACUCUAAUGAUAGAAACAUUAAGUGUUUGGAAUUGUAAUUCGAUUGUAUUAGUAGUAAUUAGAAUAUCAUUUCUAGACCAUUCCAGAUGGCUGCUGGGCUAGCCAGCAGCCAGAGGGUGGAUAUAGUGAGAAUACAUUUGUUAACUCGUUAUUUAUUAUUAUUACUGUUAUAACAACUUACUCCAUUUUUUAUCAUGCCAACAAUUUGUGGCAAAGUGUUCUUAUGUUUGUUUUUCGUAGCUUCUCUUUCACUAUGAAGAUAAGCAUAUCGUGGUCUAAGUUGGUAAACAACUUGUGUGUUCGUAAACAAUCGAUAAAAUAUAUGUGACCUCCCCAUGUAGGACAGACCACCCAUGGGAUAAUUAGUGAAGAACUUUACCAUUAGCUUGUGUCAUUAGAUGACAAUCUGGGGGUGAGGGAAGAGAUCAUGGCCAAACCAGAGAACUAGUGGAUCAUGGGAUAGAAAAUGCAUCAUUUGGAAAGGUUUCACACAAACCUCUCAGUGAAAACUAGAAAGAAAGCAGAAGCUGGGCAAAGAAAGUGUGCAAGUUUCUCUGAUAAAGGUUUCAUUUCUCAAAUACCAUGGGAAUGGAGGCAACUUGAUACAAAUGAGCCUUCUUAGUGGGUGGAGGGAGGGGGAGAAUUGGGGACUGAAGAAAAAAACAUAAAAAACCUUAAUGUUACUAAUGUUUGCAUGCUGUUAAUGAAUAAAGUGAUUGUUAAGCAUCAAAAA